GAUGCAACACUUCCCUAAAGGCACUCCUUAAAAUCCCUUCAAAAAAGGGAAUCAAGCAUGGGUUUCAGCAACAGACACACACACAGUGCUACUACAGAUUGUGGGAUACAGCUGAGAGUCAACAUGAAUUGUGUGCUUCUCCUUCUACCACUCCUAGCUGUUGCAUGCUGUCAUUCUACAGAUUUAGAAACAAAACCCCUUUUAAAUGAAACUGAGACUUUUGGAAAUGACCACGACAUGGGGUCCACAGUGACCUACAGAGGACGGAGAUACCGAUUUGUGACCACACCAAUGACCUUUGUCAAUGCAGAGCUUUACUGUCAAAGACUUGGACGUCGAGGCCAUCUGACAUCCAUCCAUUCAUACUGCAUUAACCAGCUGCUAUUUAAUCUUGUAAGGAGGUGCAGCCAUAACGUAGCAUCUGCUUGGAUUGGAGGCCUACAAUUUUUGAAGUCCAAACACUAUAUAUGGCUUGAUGGAUCACGGUGGGAUUUUGCCAGAUGGGCACCAGGAGAACCUAACAAUGAGUAUGGUAGAGAAGAAUGUGCAGAAAUGUAUAUAACUAAAAAACAACAAAGCUACUGGAAUGAUAUCCCCUGCUCACUUUCCAGAUCAUUCAUCUGCGAAUACUGACCUGCUGUGGAGCUUUUCAGAAAUUUUUCAAUAUGUCAUUUUAAUCCCAGACUCAUAAUAGAAUGGAAUUAUUCUGGAUGAUGGAAUUUAAAUGCCUUUCUUAAUUUCUAUUUUUGUUUUUAUAUAGCUGAAUAGAUAGAUAUAGAUAUAGAUAUAGAUAUAGAUAUAGAUAUAGAUUUUUGUGUGGGAGCAAGCCCCCCCUUCACAGCCUUACUUUUAUUACCAUUCAUAAGUGCAACAACCCUGGAGAAGGUAAAUAAUCUCAGGGAAGAUGUGUUUUCCUUCUUCCCUAAAGUUAUGCAGCUUAGGAAUGGUAAUAUUUAAGUAAUGAGGGCUGCAGGAGGACUUGCCAUCCCUCGUGAAAAAUCCCAUAUAUAUUUUCAUAUCCUUGUAAUGACCAUGCAUUAAAAAUGCCAAUUAAAUGUGCUCAUUUUGGUACUGUAUUAUUAGGAAGUAGGAGUAUUAUGUAUAAUUAUUUUUUUUCUUCUGAAACUGUACAAUCCAGCCACAAGUCUGUGGUACACUUAAUACAGUCAGCCUUACAUUGGUAUUUACAUCCAGGGCUUUAUGCUUGCUGAAAUAUGGCACUGCAUGCUUCUUUCUGUUUGCUUUAGAACUACUAAUUACAAUGAAAUAAAAUAUUGUAUGAACAUCA